GGAAGCACCUGUUCUCUACUGUACUUCACUUCUCCCUCUUUCCCUACCUCCUCUUCAGAUAGAAGGGAACAAUGCUUAAACCAACCAUUUCUUCACCAUCCUAUGUUCGAAUAAACUUUCUCACCUGUGUGCUACUGGCUCUGACCGUCAAGCCUCUUCAGGGGCAGAUGCUUCGUGCUUGCAAAGAGUCAGAUUACCACUAUGAAUAUACUGAAUGUGACAGCAAGGGCACCAGAUGGCGUGUGGCAGUGCCUCAUACCCCAGGACUUUGUACGGGAGUUCCAGAUCCAGUAAAAGGAACAGACUGCUCUUUCUCUUGCUCUGCUGGGCAAUAUCUGGAUAUGGCACUACAAGAAUGUACCCCCUGUGGAACUGGAACAUACUCCCUAGGUACUGGUGUACGCUUCGAUGAGUGGGAAGAACUUCCACCUGGUUUCACCAGCAUUUCCAGCACUACAUAUGGAACAACUGGGAAUUGCACUAUGUCACAGUGGGAAGCCCGUGGAGAAUAUGUUGCAUCAAAUGCUGAUGAAUGCUCGGCCACUUUAUUGUAUUCAAUCAACCUGAAACAGGAGGGAAUGCUCAGCUUUGAAUAUUUAUAUCCCGACAGUAAUAUUGCAUUUGAGUUUUUUGUUCAUAAUGAUCAAUGUCAACCCAUAGAAGAGGAAUCCAGAUGGAUGAGGAACACUGACAAUGGCUGGAGUGUGCAUCAAGUAAAGCUUACUCAAGGAACGAAUGUACUGUACUGGAAAACUACAGCCUUUUAUAUUGGAGGCACCACUCCUAAACCAGUGUUAUUGAGAAACAUAUUUAUCACAGGUGCUGCAUAUACAUCAGAAUGUUUCCCAUGCAAGCCUGGAACAUUUGCACCCACUAAGGGAGCACCAUUCUGUCAGAUCUGUCCAAGAAACACUUACUCAACUCGUGGGGCUUCCUUCUGUGUGGAGUGUGAAGCUGAUAAGUACUCUGAUCCUGGUUCUGGAUCCUGUCGUCUUCGCCCACCGUGCACAGAGAAGGAUUAUUUCUAUACACACACACCAUGUGAUGCCAAUGGAGAGACACAACUGAUGUAUAAAUGGAUUGAGCCUAAGAUAUGCAAUAACAGUGUGGACGCAGCUAAAGAACUGCCAGAAUCGGGUGUUAAGAAAAAUUGCCCACCCUGCAAUCCAGGAUUUUAUGUGACCAAUACGAGUACUUGUGAGCCCUGCCUUAAAGAUACCUUUUCAAAUGGGACCACUUGCACGCCCUGCCCAGCUGGCACAGAAGCUGUGCUUGGAUAUGAGUUCAAAUGGUGGAAUACACUACCUGAAAACAUGCAAAGUUUAGUCAUGAGUGGGCUUUCCUUUGAGUAUCAAAAUGAGUCAGGGUGGGAAGUUGCUGGAGAUUAUAUUUACACCUCUGCUGCAUCUUCAGAUAAUGAUUACAUGGUACUUAAAUUGAACAUACCUGGCUUCAGUCCUCCCCGCAGAGUAACAGAUGACAGUGAAAGUAAUGAGGUGGCCCAUAUUACAUUUGUGUUUGAUCUCAAAUGUAUUGUCAGAUGCCAGCUCUUUUUCAUGAUAGCUGUAAAUGCAGAAAUGGGCACAUUGGUAGAAAGCUGGACAGGUUCUACGGAAAAACAGCGUUAUUCAUAUCGGGUGGAGAGAAAUGUUAAUACCACUUUUACGUGGGCAUUUCAAAGGACAAAUGUUCACCAAGCAGGUCGGAAAUAUACUGCAGAUAUUGCAAAAAUAUAUUCCAUAAAUGUUACUAAUACUAAGGAUGGGGUUGCAUCUUGGUGUCAGCCCUGUGCCCAGGACAAAGAUUCCCAAUGCAUCUCCUGCCCCCCUGGGCAUUACAUUGACAAGAAGACCAUCAACUGCAUCUCCUGCCCCCCUAACACUUACCUGCAAUCACACUUGCCUUUUGGAAAGGAAACUUGUACAAAAUGUGGACCUGGAACAAAAAGCAAUGAUGCACACUCGCUCUGUUUUAAUGAUUGCAAAAUGACAGUAUCGUCAGGAGGAGAAAAACUAAUGUAUGAUUUUACAUCACUUUCAAAUGUAACCACAAUGAUUGGGUCUCUCCAUUUUACCACCAAAGGACUCAAAUACUAUCAUCAGUUUAGUAUAAGCCUCUGUGGGAACCAGGGGAAAAAACUUGCUACAUGUGGGCAAAAUGCAUCAGAUGCUUGGCGAUCAGAUAUGGAGUCAUAUCGUGCUGUUGCUUCUUAUGUUUGCCAGUCAAUGUUUGUGCCAUCGGAUACACUUAGUCACAAGACAAUGAUGUCUUCACAACCAAUAAAACUUGCUGAUGAGCUGAUAGGUGUCACAACAGAAACAACUCUAGAUAAAAUCUCCUCUCCAGUGGAUCUUUUUCCUGGAGAAAAUAUAGCCAUGAAAGACAUCAUAUUCUAUUACAGGUCAAAAGAGGUUACACAGUCCUGUAUUUCUGGACGGUUUACCAUUAUCCGCCUUCGUUGUAAUCCUCUGAUUGCUGGCACACAAAAUAUAUCUAUGCCAAGUAAAUGCCCAGAGGGAACCUGUGACGGCUGUGUAUUUCAUUUCCUGUGGGAGACAGAAAAGGCGUGUCCUCUUUGUACUGUCAAUGAUUACCAUAUUAUAACAAGUGUGUGCCAGCAUGGAAUCCAGAGGACAACUGCAUUGUGGCAUAUGCCACGGCUGUGUGUUGGUGGUGUGAAGCUUCCAGAACCGACUGUCAGUAUUUGUAAGACAGAAGAUUUCUGGCUGAAAGUGGGAGUGACUGGUGGUAUUUGCUCUGCACUGAUACUUACAGCACUUACUGCUUACUUUUGGCAGAAGAAUCGAAAUUUGGAGUACAAGUAUUCACGGCUGAUGAUGAAUGCCCCAUCUAAGGAUGGAGAGCUACCAGCAGCUGACAGCUGUGCCAUAAUGGAGGGGGAGGAUGUCGAAGAUGAACUGGUAUUCAAUAAUCGUCAUUCUAUACUGCGCAAGUUUAUGUCGCUGUCUAGGAAGAGAACAUCGGAUGGAUUUGAUUCUGUACCUUUAAAGUCAUCAGAUGGUUCUCAUAUGGACAUGUGAUCGAAAGUUUUGACAGUUAUUGACU